AUGGCUGCCUCCGCCGUCGCUCCGUGUUGUCUCGCGGUGGCCGCAGCGAUCGCCCUCUUGCUGGCCUGCUGCCGUUUAGCGAGCGCGGAUGGCGUCGAGGAGCAAGCAGAGCAGUUUUUUAGAAGUGGGCAUACCAACAACUGGGCAGUUUUGGUAUGUACUUCUCGAUUCUGGUUUAACUAUCGUCAUGUGGCCAAUACCCUUUCAGUUUACAGAAGUGUCAAGAGACUAGGCAUCCCUGAUAGCCAUAUAGUCUUGAUGCUAGCAGAUGAUAUGGCCUGCAACCCACGGAAUCCAAGACCAGCUACUGUGUUCAGUCACAAAAACAUGGAACUAAAUGUUUAUGGUGAUGAUGUGGAAGUGGAUUAUAGAAGCUAUGAGGUUACUGUGGAGAAUUUUUUGCGAGUAUUGACAGGAAGAAUCCCAGCAAGUGCACCUCGUUCAAAACGCCUCCUUUCUGAUGACAGAAGCAACAUUCUUAUAUAUAUGACAGGUCAUGGUGGAAAUGGCUUCUUGAAAUUUCAGGAUUCUGAAGAAAUCACUAACGUAGAACUUGCAGAUGCUUUUGAACAAAUGUGGCAGAAAAGAAGAUACAAUGAGUUGCUGUUUAUCAUUGAUACAUGCCAAGGUGCAUCCAUGUAUGAACGGUUUUAUUCUCCUAAUAUAAUGGCUUUGGCUAGUAGCCAGGUGGGAGAAGACUCACUGUCACAUCAGCCAGACCUUGGGAUUGGAGUCCAUUUGAUGGAUAGGUAUACAUUUUAUGUCUUGGAGUUCUUGGAAGAAAUUCAUCCAGCUAGCCAGGCCAAUAUGAAUGACCUUUUUCAGGUGUGUCCUAAAAGUUUGUGCGUCUCUACACCUGGCCAUCGGACAGACUUGUUUCAGAGAGAUCCUGAAAAUGUCCUGAUAACUGACUUCUUUGGAAGUGUACGAAAAGUAGAGAUUACAACUGAGACUGUUUCUCUGGAUCCUUAUUUAAAAACAGUGGACAUCACCAGAUUUCCUGUAGAUGAAGUAGCUACAGAGCCAUUAAAAUAUACGGAACAACUUCCAGUUGCACAAAUAAUACACCAGAAACCAAAGCAGAAGGACUGGCAUCCUCCUGGGGGUUUUAUUUUGGGACUCUGGGCACUGAUUAUCAUGGUCUUCUUUAAAACCUAUGGAAUCAAGCACAUGAAGUACAUCUUUUAG